AUGGGACACAUUUUGAAACAAACGCCUAUUGAGAUUCGAGCCAACGGUUUUCAUCCGUAUCCACAGACGCUGCGUUUACGCAACACCCUUGAUGUCGUAAUCAUGUUUGCAAUCAAAGCUGAUAUGCUCGAUGGAUUGGAUGCAACCCCAUUUUGCGGAAUUGUCGAACCAUCAAAGAGCGAAAAUAUCGAGCUGUCUCUUCCCGUGGGCCCUUGUGCUUGCAAUCUCUCAGUUGAUGUGGUGCCACUUUCGGAUUCUGCUCCUCAACCAACUCGAUUUUCCAGGGAUUUAUUCUUUGCCCGCACUCCUAUUAGUUUUCCUGUGCGAGUCCAUGUGGAG